UGAAAGAUUCUAGCUUCAAAACAAUUGUCGUCUGUUUUACGUCAUUAGGGCUCUAGACUAAAACCUUCCCAAAUGGCCCUGUCCCAAAUGGCAAACUUCAUGUGCAUCUGCGGACCCUAACCCACGCUCGCGAUGAACUUCGUUUUAAUAAAUUCAUAAACAAUUAUUACAUUUCAUUCUUACGCUUUGACUGUCAAAACGGCACGGAAAUGUGGAAGACCGCGGGGGUUUAGGGUGCGAUUUGGGACGGGGCCAAUGUUUCCAAAUUAAAUUUAAUAAUAAUGUUUAAGAAUUUAUUCAAACGAAGUGCUUCGUAUGUGUAGGCCUAUUGAUUGAACUGCCAUACAAUCGAGCUUUCCUCUACCCUAGUAGCUGGCUCAUUGAAUCGUUCAGACCAGUUUUGUGAAGCUGUUCAAACAAUUCACUGAAAAGAUCCGACUCAGAAGAACGAUUCUUUAUCGAUCUGACCGUACUACCACUCAAGACUGCACUAAGGCUACAUCCGUCUCUCUGUUAAGCUAGUACACCGGUAGUCUUAUUUUCUCACAAUGCCUUUCUCUGAAUUAUAUUUUAAUGUGGAUAACGGUUAUCUGGAGGGGCUGGUGAGAGGUUUUAAGGCUGGUAUUUUAUCUCAGGCGGAUUAUUUGAAUCUCGUUCAGUGUGAAACUCUGGAAGACCUGAAGCUUCACUUGCAGAGCACUGACUAUGGAAGCUUCCUGGCCAAUGAAGCCUCUCCCCUCACCGUCUCCGUCAUUGAUGACAAGCUGAAAGAGAAGAUGGUGGUUGAGUUCCGGCAUAUGAGGAACCAGUCUUAUGAGCCUCUGGCCAGCUUCAUGGAUUUCAUCACAUACAGCUAUAUGAUUGACAACGUCAUCCUGUUGAUCACUGGAACUCUCCAUCAGCGGGCCAUUUCAGAGCUGGUGCCCAAGUGCCAUCCUCUUGGCAGCUUUGAACAGAUGGAGGCCGUUAACAUCGCCCAAACUCCAGCAGAGCUCUAUAAUGCCAUCCUGGUGGAUACACCUCUUGCUGCUUUCUUUCAGGACUGCAUCUCUGAGCAGGAUUUGGAUGAGAUGAACAUUGAAAUUAUUCGCAACACUCUUUACAAGGCCUAUCUAGAAGCUUUCUACAAGUUCUGCUCUUCACUGGGUGGCACAACCGCAGAUACCAUGUGCCCAAUUCUGGAGUUUGAGGCAGACAGACGAGCUUUCAUCAUUACCAUUAACUCUUUUGGUACGGAGCUCUCCAAAGAAGACCGAGCUAAACUCUUCCCACACUGUGGCAAGCUCUACCCAGAAGGUCUUGCACAGCUAGCCCGCGCAGAUGAUUACGAGCAGGUCAAAGCUGUGGCUGAAUACUACCCUGAGUACAAGCUUCUCUUUGAGGGUGCUGGUAGCAACCCAGGAGACAAAACCCUCGAGGAUCGCUUUUUUGAACAUGAGGUGAAACUCAAUAAGCUGGCCUUCCUGAAUCAGUUUCAUUUCAGCGUGUUCUAUGCCUACGUCAAGUUGAAGGAACAAGAGUGCCGAAACAUUGUGUGGAUUGCUGAGUGUAUUGCCCAAAGGCAUCGGGCUAAGAUUGACAACUACAUCCCCAUAUUCUAAUGGUACAUAAUAUCAGUCUUGAACAGUGAUCCACAUGGCAUGCAUUAACUGUGCUCUGUUAUGUCAAGGUUUGAAAAUGACGAUCCUGUCUCCGCCCUGUUUCAUUGUGAUUGUCUUUAUUAGAGUUAAGGAUCAUUCCUUUUUGUUUGACAGAAAAAACAAUGCAGUAGCAUCCCCCCUCCACCCUUAGGAUUUUUUAAAGGAAGCUUUUAGUAAAGUAAGAUGUUUUUUGUUUCUUCAUGAUGUCAUGACUGUGAAUCCGGUUACCUGGCAACCAGUCACAGCCCAUUGCAAGUGAAGGUUCCAGGGAAUUAUGGAGAAACAGGGAAGUUUAAGUGAAAUGCAAAACUCAAGACAUCUAAUUGUCAUACUCUUCCAGUGAUCUUCCUGCUAAGAAAACAUGCAUUCCAUUAUUAUCAUUUAUGCUUAUAAUUUUCAGCUGAUAAACUCUCUGAACUCUUGGUCUCCCAGUGUUCACAUCUGAUGAGUGUUAGAGAAUCGCUGGUUAUUUAGACGGUGAGCCUUAUUUUGAAACGCAAGCAGAAUGAAUUAGUUUUGUGUAAACCGUUGUAUUUAGUUCAACUGCAUGGUUGCAUAAAAAUGGAUUUAUAAUUGAUUUACAGAAUAAUUGUUUUGCUUGUGUUUUACUAAUAAGGAACAAUGGGAUUAUCCUUAAUAAAUAAGAGAAUUGCUGGGAAUUAACAUGGGGACAUUUUUUUCUUUUGUUUUGUUUGUUAAAAUGAGAAUUGUGUGCUUGUAAAUUAUUGCUAAAAUUUGUGCUGAUGUAAUUUAUGGAGUAGAUCAUAUUUUAUGAUUGACAGCUGAAUUAGUGAGGUCAAAUAGAUGUGAUAUUAAGAAAGACCUUGCAUCAGCUAAAUCUAUUGUGCUAUUGUAAUCAUGUCGUCUGUAUUUUGUGAUCAUAUAUAUAUAUAUAUAUAUAUAUAUAUAUACAUACACUAUAUAAAAAGUUAAUCUGUG